GUGCAGACGAUAUCCUAAACAAUCCUUUACUCCCUGUAAGGUUAUGCACAGGGUUAAUGAGAAAUUCCGCAGUACAUCGAUCAAACAUGGUAUAGCAGCUUGUUUUAUUUGUUUAUUUAUUGACUCCGCCUCCGGUUACCCAGGUGAACUGAAUUGUUUGCCAUUGAGGUGUUUUAGAGUUGGUAUGGAUGUAGGUUUGCAUCACAAAUAUUCCCAGUCAUAACGUUAUUUGGAUACCACUGUCUGAACACGAAAAAUUUCAAUACAAUAGAAUUUUCUUUUGAAAUAAAUUUUGUACGAAAAGUUUGUGGGUUCUUUGGAAAAUCAUACGAAAAAGUUAGGAGAAGAAGAAAGCCAAAAGUAAAUUUAUGACUCAAAUUAUCCAUGUAGUACAACAAAUGCCAAAAGUAAUAAAAAUAACGAAAAUAUUAAGUGCAUGACUUGUAAUUGAUUGAAACCAAUAUUCGCCAAAAACAAAACGAACAAAAAAUCGCGGAGGAAGUUGUGGUGGUGGUUGGGUAGGAAUACGAAAUUGGAAUAUACCAUUUUUUCCUAAAAAUUUAUGCCAAAGAUAUGUGUUUCUUGUAAUUCUAAUAUUUGAACACGCAGUUUGUGCAAAUUGUCCAGGAAAACAAGACAUGACAGAUAUAUACGAGCAUGAAACCGAAUCAGAUGAGGAUUGUGAGGUCUAUUUUUUGAAACCAGUCAAUGAAUACAACAUUGUAGAUAAAAUAAAGGAAGCCAAUAAAGAGUUGUUUGCCGAGCAGAUUGACGAAGGCGCCAAUUCCAAUGACGGCAAUGAAAAUAAUUUGGAAUUAAUGGCCUUGAAUGGCAGCCGAAAAGUAAGUUUUGCUGCCAAUUUGGAGGUGUAUGAACCGCUUAGUGGCAUAAGUCUAAAAGAAUUGGAGAAUAAACUGGGAAAAGGCCAAGACCAGGAAGAUGAACAAAAUCCAGUUCACGAAACUGAAAAUUCCACACCGAAUGAAAAUCUCAACCCAAAAUUAGAAAUAAUAACGGAAGAGGAAUCAGUCACUGAACGAGAUGUAGAAAAUCAGGAAAAUAGUAAGGAAUCAAGCGUUUGUUUGGAUCAUCAUUGUGAAAACGAAGAAAUGAUGGCGCCACCACAUGUGGAAGAAGUUAUCGAGGAGAUAUGUGAGGAAAUUCUUGUUAUGGAUAUGGAAAAUGAAAAUAAAAUUGAGUCAUUCAAUAGCUGUGAAAGUCCAAGCACCGUACAACGUAAAAUGUUAAAACAAAUCACAUUUGACUACUGUGAGGAAGACGAACAGGAUAAUAAAAGCUUAACAAAUCUAUUAAUAUCAGAUAAUGAAAAUUAUGACGAUGAGGAGGAGGAAGGCGAAUCCAUUGAAAACGAAAACACUUGUCUUACAAUCCAUGAAGAUGGUAAUGAAGAAGAUGCCUUGGAUUUUAACUACAACGAAUCCUUGCUGGAGGAUAGUGACAAUGAAAAAAAUCUUUUAGAAACCCAAAACUCUUUGAAUCUUCAUGCAUAUAAAACAGAAGUACAAGAAGACACAGAAAAGGCAGAAUACGAAAACGAUGAAGAUGAGGAUGAUAAACUCUCGAUUAUUGUUGCAUCAUAUCUUCCAGACGACACAUUUGACUGUGACAAAGCCUCGCUAACCUCCUCAGACAAUAAAUGUCAUCAUCGUUCCCGUAGAAUGCCCUUUCACAAGCGAUUUUCGUUUAAACGCAAAACGAAACAUUCAAAUGUUGUUGGCUCCACCAGUUCACCAUAUAAAAACAAUAAUACAACAGCAGCAAAUCGUCGUUUUCAACCGCCACCCGAAGUAACCGAACUAAAGCUACACUACAAAACCUGUUGCGAAUUCAAAAAUGCCCAACAAAAAUUACCCAAAUACACAGGGUAUUUAUCGGAAUAUGGUCUGUCACGUGAUCAACUUUUGGAACGUGAACAAAAACUACGUCGUAAACAACAUUCAAUGCUGCAGGAGACCCUUAAGACAACCGAAGAAGAGAUGCGUAAAAUGCAUGACAACGAGAGAGCAUUUACCAGCUGGCUAAAGAAUAAAAUGCGUUUCCCCAUCAAUAAGACACGUAAUAUGUUCGAUGUCAAACGGCCAUUUGGUUUGAGAAAGUGCACCAGUGUCGGUGGUGGUGGUGGUACAACAGCUUUUACAAAGGAUAUGCAUGAUAAUGUCACCAUACCGAACGCUGCUGCAACACAUUAUCGUAGUAUUAGUGCAAAAUUUAAGAAGAAAAAGUAAAAAAGUCAUAUGCUUUUAGUGGUUGAUUGCUAAGUUGUUUUUGAGAUGUAGCAACUUUAGAAUAUAUGAAAUUUUUAAUCAACAUUUAAUAAUAAGAAAGAAUAACUUUAAUCGAAGUUUUUAAAAAAUAAAGAAGUGGCAUUUGUCAAAAAUUCAAUGUUAAACUAGCACAAAGGACUAUCAAAUUUAUCAACAAAUCUGACUGAAUAUUAUAAAUUAUAUUUACAAUUGUCACAAUAUCCCAAAUUGAUAUCCAAAUUGAAUAUAGGCUUUGUGCCCAAAAGAGGCCUGUAUAAAAUAUUCUUGUUGGAUGAUUCGUUUUAUGUGCAUUUUUCAUAUCACCUUU